AUGGAGAGCAUGUGGCAAUGGUCUGGCUCCUGGAAAACGACAUUGACCCGGUUGAACACCCGAUGUCAGGAUUCGAACCACGGCUAUACAAAAGAGAAGCGGUCGCAUACGAUCGCCCUGUGCAAUACCUUCAUUAACGGACUCCACUUCUCAACUAAGGACAACUUCACCACCAUUGAAAGCAAUCUUCCAAAAAUCGCAUUCCAAAAGCUGCAGGCUCUCUCCGGUUACUACCGUCGCUACAUCAGCCCUCGCUUAGACAAAGAGGCUAGGGAAGAGCCACUCUCACUCGCUACUCAUGUAUACAUCGCCCGCCAUCUCCCAUCAUCGCUCCUUAGCUCUGUUCCGAUGCGCGCUUACAAUGGAUCUUCAAUGGGGCUUAAUGGCUCUUCCGUCGAGUCCGGUCCCAAAGAGAUAUGA